AUGAGAGGGAGCGUCCAAAACAGCAGCCAAGAGGCAGCUCACCAAGCCAACGAGAUUGAGUUUGAAGACUUUGACCUCCUUGUUGUCGCAUCCGGAUACUUUGCCCGUCCAUAUGCACCAAAAACUCCGGGACUGAAGGAAUUCAAGGGCCAAGUCAUCCAUAGCUCUGUCCUGGAAAAAGGCCGCGCCUCUCUCUCCGCAGACACAGACAUCACCCUUCGCGGACACACCGUCGUGAUCGGCGGUAGCAUGUCAGGUGUUGAAGCUGCAUCUGCACUCGCACUGCGAGAAUCUUCAUCGCGGAUUUCCACAAACCCUGCUACUGCAAGCUCGCACGGCAAGAACAAGGUGUAUCACAUACACUCCCGGCCCUUCUGGACUCUACCCACCUAUCUCCCUUGCGAGACGUCUGAUGAGACCGUAUCUUUCUUGCCUCUGGAUUUGGCAAUGUACGACCUGAGCCGUCGGCCGCCGGGUCCGGUAGAGUACAACAUAGGUCCUCUCUCGGACGAAAAGAUUGAGAAAACGAACGGAUAUUUCAGAUCACUGCUUGGUGCCGAGUAUGAAAAGUACGGACAUUCGCAGCAACAGUCUUCCUCGACAAAACCAGUCUCUCAGCCGGAAUGGGUGGCGAUAGGAAAUGACUAUGCGGAGUUUGUCCGAUCUGGAGGGAUAGAAGCUGUUAUGGGUCGAGUUACCUCGAUUCAUCCGCAAUCUGAUCCCAGAACUGCCUCAAUCAAUAUCAAGACUGCUGAAGAUUCUCAGACGCUAGAUAACGUGACCUCGAUCGUGAUGGCCACGGGAUUCACGCCAUUUGAUUCACUAUCUUUCUUACCCGAGGACGUCCGGUCUAGCCUGGAGUAUAACGCAGAUGACCCAUUCUUACCACUCAUACUGGAUAAAGGCGGCACAUCACGCUCAGAAAUACCAGAUCUAGGAUUUGUCGGGUUCUACCGCGGCCCUUACUGGGGCGUCAUGGAAAUGCAAGCCAAGUUCCUGGGUAAGGAGUGGGCAAAAGAACAUGAUGCCUCCGUUGGUACCGAGCUCGAGACCAAGGACCAGAGCCAGAGGGAACUUCUUCGGAAUCUGAGACAGCCCAGUACAGAGGCUCGCCGUGGUCAGUUCUUCAUGGGUGACUAUGUGGGAUUGAUGGAAACGUUUGCCAAGGAUCUUGAAAUAGAGCGGCUGCCGUUAUCGGAUGAUGAGAGUCGGAGCGGACCGGUUAUACCUGCUCGAUAUGCCCAAGAAAAGGAAGACGGCGAAGGACAACAUACAUUGGAUAGCUUGCGAGCUAUGUUGCGUCAGGAUCACCCCACAGUCCAAGCAGCGGCAUCUCUAGCCGUGUUUAGGGCUUUACACGGGACAUGGACGUUUACCCGGACAUCGGUCACAGGAGAGCGAGCAGAAACCGGGACUGUGGCGUUUAUCCUGCGAUAUUCAUCAAAUCCGAUAUACGACCGGGAAUAUGUUUUGGAGACACGUCAAGAGGCAGUGUCUGCAGAGAGCCAAGCCUCGUCUGUUGGGGUGACUGUUUUUCGCCUGUCGGAAGCCAGUACCGGCGAGUCAAGUUCUCGAAUUGGAGUAUAUCAUGUCACCACGGAUGGGGACAGAGAAACAGAUCAACUGGCUCAUAGGCUACAUCUCACAUCAUUCUAUCGCGGGAAAGAGGCUGGGGAAUACGUGAUCCAUGCAAAAAGCAUACACUCUAACGCUACUGACGGACCAACUGCACGACAAAUUCAAUAUAGCUUCCAUUUCAAAGGCGUCUCUAUCACCGAGUGGGAGUGUUUUGAGUUAGAAGACAGUUACACAGAAGGCAGCAGAAACAUCGAGAGUCAAGCUCAAGAUCACUGGCGAACUGUUUACAAAAGAUAG